AGGCCACGUAUCGCGUGUCCGAUACGGAUACGGCGGCGAUACGGUGCGGAUACGCACCCGUGGAGUAUCAGAAAAUCACAAAGAGAUCGAUACGUGGGUCGGACACGUAUUUGCACGAUUUUGGGACACGGCCCAGCCCACGAAGCAGUUUAGCCUCCCACGAGCACUCUCGCACUCCACGGACGCACGCAGGCGCCGCCCGACCAGGCGCCCGCUCGAGCGCCGCCGGUCGCCGUCGCCGGCGACGAGCCGCCGCCCGCCGGCUAGGAGGAGCACCGGAUGCAAUCCCCGACGAGAAGAAGGCUCAAGGAAGAGGAAGCUGAAGGUGAGCGAGUGGGGAGGGAAGAAGAUGAAGGUCCGCGCGUCGGUGAAGCGGUUGUGCGGGUUCUGCAAGGUGGUGAAGCGCCGAGGCAUUGUCUUCAUCCACUGCACCGCCAACCCCAAGCACAAGCAGCGCCAGGGCUUCUCCACUCUCGCCGAAGCCGCCUCAUCAUGCACCCACCUGCCGCCGCCCCCGCCACCGACUGCCAGCAGCACCGCCUCUGCCGCAGCGUUUGCAGAAGCUUCCAAGGUGGCUAGGCAAGAGAUGUUUACAAAAUUUAAUUGGCCUCUGGGUUUAGCUGCCCUGCUCAAGAAUGGCGAAAAAUAAUGCGUCUGCUCUACUAUACGCUGACAAUUCAGAAGCAGAUUUGUCACUUUGAUAUCAAGUGAAAGUUUGUAGCCAAAACUAGUCAGUUGAGUUGGUCCUGUGGUGGAAUAAUAUCAGCACAUAUUGUUACGCUCCUCAAUAUGUUUGCUUGUUCGAACAAAAUCUAUUACACAUUUGACGAAAGCUGACAUACAUGACUGCUAUUUAUCUUGCUGGAUGGUUA